UAGGCAAGCACCCUGUUGAAAAGAUAAGCAAGGGAAAUAUAGCAAGAGAGGAGUCAUUUGUGACAGAGAUAGGAAGCUUCACAUAGAUAAACAUGGAUGACAAUCAGUCUCAGCUCUCAGCAGGAAACCACUUAGAAAACUGUGAAACUGAAUGUAUGCCCAGUGAGACUAAAGAAAAUGAUGAAACUGUGACAACUGAGAUAAAACAAGACUGUUCAGAUAUACAGGAAGGUGCCUCAGAACUUGAAGGAGAGGCUGAGGCAGCCAUUUUGGAUAUAAAAAAUGAAGGCAUUGGGAAUGAUUGCACAGAGAAAAAUGCAGCUACAGAAAUGACAGAAACAGGAGAGAGGUCAAUAGAAAAGAAAGAAAUAUCUGAGAUAGAAGAAGAGACAGAACUGAUAGAAACAGAUCAAACAGAGGAAGAUGAAACUUCUAAAACAAAGGAAACAGUGCAGGUAGACGAAGAAAAAAACCAGACAAUACAAAAAGAUGUAAUAGAAGAAGUUAACACACAAAAUAAAGAAACAAUUGGGUUGGAAGCAGAAAUACACAAAGCAACAAAAGAAACAGAAAAAGAAAGUGAAUGCAAGAAGGAGGAAAAUGAAAAUAAAGAGACAUCUCAAACGAGAGCGAAACAGACUGCAAAAGAUAAAAAUGCGGCAUGCAAAGAGACAGCAAGUGCAGUCAAGGAAAAAACAUCACAUCCUCCUAAAAAAGAAAGCGCUCGUAUAAAGGAGCGUCAAGAGCGCAAGACAGAUCUUCCGCGAUCAAGAACAAUGCCAAAAUCCCAUGGGCCAGCGACUCGGAAAGACAUUGCUGAGAAAUUUGGCGGGGUAGCCACAUCCGGGAUCAGAGUACAAAGAUCCACCAGUUGUGGGGCAAAUGCUGUGAAGAACAUGUUAUUAGACUGGUGCAGAGCAAAGACAAGAAACCGUGAGGGCGUUGACAUACAGAACUUCUCCAGCAGUUGGAGCGAUGGGCUUGCCUUCUGUGCUCUUAUUCUUGCUUUCUUCCCUGACGAAUUUGACUUCGAUUCUCUCGACCCUAAAAACAGAAGAGAAAACUUUCAGCUGGCGUUUAGCGCAGCAGAGCGCCUAGCUGACUGCCCGCCUCUGCUGGAUGUGGAAGACAUGGUGCGUAUGAAAGUCCCGGAUUCUAAGUGUGUUUACACGUAUGUGCAGGAGUUGUACCGCUCCCUGGUAUCCAAAGGAUUGGUUAAAACAAAAAAGGCGUGAACUGCUCAGGGAUCUUGUGUGCGCACAUGAGUUUAAGCUAAUUGGUCAAUAAUCCUCAAUGUGCCACACAGCGGAAUAUUCUAGAAGGAGCAUAUAAAAUAGAGGACAACAGCACCAAACUUCAGCAUUUAUCUUCACGUUUGGCUGCUACAGACUCAGGAUUUUCAGCCACAUAAAAUACAAAUCAGUGUGUUGAGCUAAGUCACAGAUUUCAAUAAAUAGGUUAAAGGGAUAUUAAAGAGUAGCAGGGUUACUACUUAAUAGGACACUCAAGUCAAAAUAAACUUUAAUGAUUCAGAUAGAACAUCAAGUUUUAAGACACUUUUCAAUUUACUACCAUUAUCAAAUUUUGCAUAAUCUUUUUAUAAACACACUUUUUGGGGAACAAGAUCAUACUGAGCAUGUGCACAAGAUCACAGGGUAUAUGUAUACUACUCUGUGAUUGGCUGAUGUCUGUCACAUGGUAUUAGGGGGCCGGAAAAUGGGAGAAAAAAUAAAUGUGUCACAUACAAAUCUACUGUUUA